GGUGAAGGGAUCAUGGACAGCAGCAGAGUGAGGGCUCCACUGCCGUGUCCCCCAGAAGAAGAUGUUCGAGACGAAAAAGUCUACGGCAAUGUUUUUGCAGAACUUGAGUCAGUAGACUUGCCUUUGGGGACAACCUUAAGAUCCGUGUACGAUGACCAGCCUAACGCACACAAGCGGUUUAUGGAAAAACUGGAUGCCAGAAUACGAAACCAUGACCGAGAGAUCGAGAAGAUGUGCAACUUCCACCAUCAAGGUUUCGUCGAUGCCAUCACAGAGCUCCUGAAAGUCCGAGCGGACGCAGAGAAACUGAUGGGCCAAGUGACUGACACCAAUCGAAGACUUCAGGACGCCGGGCGAGGGGUGACAGCUCAGACAGAAGAGGUGAUUCGCUGCAGGGUUCAGCAGAGGAACAUGGCCACCACUGUGGAGAAACUGCAGCUCUGUAUCCCUGUUUUGGAAAUGUACAGCAAAUUGAAGGAACAGCUUGAAUCCAAAAGAUACUACGCUGCACUGAAAACCAUGGAGCAACUGGAGAAUAUUUAUAUUCCCAGAGUGAGCCAGUACCGUUUUUGCCAGAUCAUGGCUGAGACGCUGCCUAAACUCCGCGAGGAGAUCAAGGAGAUCUCUAUGUCAGACCUGAAAGACUUCCUGGAGAGUAUCCGAAAGCACUCGGAUAAAAUCGGUGAAACGGCAAUGAGACAGGCCCAGCAGCACAGGACGUUUAUCAGUGCCGUGCAGAAGCAGACGAAUCUCAGCUGUGCUAAACCCCUGUACAGCCUCAAUGGCAGAACAUCACUCCAGCACAAUGGCCUGGCUGCAGAGGAAACGGUCGACGAAGAGGAGGCUGAGGAUGAAGUGUUAACAGUGCAGGAUCUGGUAGACUUCUCACCUGUUUACCGAUGUCUUCACAUCUACACUGUUUUGGGUGACAGAGAGACGUUUGAAAAUUAUUACCGAAAGCAGAGGAAAAAACAAGCGAGGCUGGUGCUGCAGCCGCAGUCAAACAUGCAUGAAACAGUGGAAGGCUACACAAAGUACUUUAACCAGAUUGUUGGGUUUUUUGUCGUGGAGGACCACAUCUUGCACGCCACGCAAGGUUUAGUCACCCGAGCGUUCACAGACGAGCUGUGGAACAUGGCCCUGUCCAAAAUCAUCGCCGUUCUCCGCACACACUCGUCUUACUGCAACGAUCCUGACCUGGUCUUAGAGCUGAAGAACCUGAUCGUUAUAUUUGCAGACACAUUGCAGAGUUAUGGCUUCUCGGUGAACAGACUCUUCGACCUGUUGUUUGAGAUUCGAGAUCAGUACAACGAAACACUGCUGAAGAAGUGGGCGCUGGUGUUCAGAGAGAUAUUUGAGCUGGACAACUACAGCCCCAUCCCUGUAGAAAACGAAGCCGAGUACAAGCUUGUGGUCAGUAGAUUUCCCUUCCACGAUGCCGAGAUUGAAAAGCAACCAUUUCCAAAGAAGCUGCCCAUGUCCCAGUCAGUGCCUCAGAUCUACAUUCAGGUCAAGGAGUUCAUCUAUGCCAGUUUAAAGUUCUCCGAGUCGCUACAUCGCAGCUCUACUGAGAUUGAUGACAUGCUCCGUAAAUCCACCAACCUGCUCCUGACAAGGACGCUGAGCGGCUGCUUACAGAACCUCAUCAGAAAGCCUCAUAUAGGACUCACUGAGUUGGUUCAGAUCAUCAUAAAUACCACCCACUUAGAGCAAGCGUGUAAAUACCUGGAAGAUUUCAUCACCAACAUUACCAACGUGUCUCCAGAAACCAUCCACACCACAAGACUCUAUGGCCUCUCCACAUUUAAGGAUGCCAGGCACGCAGCAGAAGGCGAGAUCUACACCAAGCUCAACCAGAAGAUCGACGAGUUCAUUCAGCUGGCCGACUACGAGUGGAGCAUGGCCGAGUCGGACGGCAGGGCCAGCGGCUACCUCAUGGACCUAAUCAACUUUCUGCGUAGCACCUUCCAGGUCUUCACACACUUGCCGAAUAACACCAAUGAUCAUGCCGCGAUGUCGGGGAAAGUGGCUCAGACAGCCUGCAUGUCGGCCUGCAAGCACCUCGCCACCUCCAUGAUGCAGAUGCUGCUGGACACAGAGCUCAAGCAGGUCAGCAUGGGGGCCAUCCAGCAGUUCAACCUGGACGUCAUCCAGUGUGAACUAUUUGCCAGUUCAGAGCCUGUGCCAGGGUUCCAGGGGGACACACUACAGCUGGCAUUCAUUGACCUUCGACAGCUGCUGGACUUGUUCAUGGUGUGGGACUGGUCCACUUACCUAGCAGACUACGGCCAGCCUACGUCAAAGUAUCUUCGGGUCAACCCAUCCACUGCACUUGCACUUUUGGAGAAGAUGAAGGACACGAGCAAAAAGAACAACAUCUUUUCCCAGUUCCGAAAGAACGACCGUGACAAGCAGAAGCUGAUCGAGACGGUGGUGAAGCAGCUGAGGAGUUUGGUGAACGGCAUGUCGCAGCACUCCUAGAUCGUCCUCUCAUCGUUUCCUUCCUGCACCUUCCAAUCCCACGCACGGCACUCAUGUCAAUGUGAAAGCACGGUGCCGAAUUGACACCGACUUCAAGACUACAGCACUGUUGUUUAUUUGCUUCCUCGACUACGGUGACACGGAGUCCACCGAACCACUUUUGAGUUUCGCAGCAUAGCUCGCUUCGCUCACACAGCCACAUCCCCAGUGCCCUCUGCCAAAAUGUCACCCGCUGAAUCACAUUUCAUUUCAAACUGAAUCGAUACUGUAAAUAUGGGAUCAAAAAAUAACAACAAAGGGGUCGGUUUACCAAAUGCAAACAAUUAAACAGUAAUUUCUUCUUUUAAUGUAUUUUUAAUGGCCAAGGAUUAUGUUUUGUAUAUUGUAAAAGUGAAAUGAUUGUAUCACUACUCUGGAGUGCUGAUGUGGGAAUGAUGAAGUCCUCGUCUGAGACUGAUGUUCAAACCAAGAUCUUUGAGAAAUUCUCCAGAGUGGGAUAGGCCAUGAUGUUUUUAGUGUAAAUAUUUUAAAUUAUAUUUAACACUAUUAUAAAGUCAUGCUUCCCGCACAUCUGACAUGAAUCAAUUUGACUCAAAUUAUGUCAAUUUGUGGCAUAGGGGGAAAACCUUGCAUGAAUGUGUUCUCUUAUAUAAUACACAGUAUUGUGCAAAAGUCUUAGGCCCCCUAUUUUUUUUUUGUGUGUGUGUCAUACAAACUUUAUAGAUUUCUAUUUUAUGAUUUCUACAUUGAGUCAGUACAAAAACGUUAGAGUUCAAAACGUUCGGGGGGUUUUCCAGCACAAAAUUAAAUAUUACAGAAAAUAAAGUUUGUAUCUGAGCAGCAUGUUACAUAAGAGAGCACUUUUCAGAUUAAAAAAGAAAACAUAAUGAAGGCUGCUGGGUUUUGGUGCAAAAUGAAGAAGCGAGUGUCCAGAAGAACUGGGGCUGGUUCUGUAAGAUGCUCAGUAAAACCUACAGCUUGUUUCCUUAUAAAACUGUACCUGAGACGACUUUUUUUUUUUUAAGCGAAGUUUCGUCUCACACCAAAUAUUGAUUUUGUUUCAUUUAUUAUGGCUUACUGUUUAUAGUUUUUUUUUUUUUUUUUUUAAUGAUGAAACAUUUCGUUUCAUUAUUUUUAAGCCAUUUUUGAUCUCCAGCAUGUGCCUAAGACUUUUGCACAGGACUGUGUGUGUGUGUGUGUGUGUGUGUGUGUGUGUGUGUGUGUGUGUGUGUGUGUGUGUAAUUAUAUAUAUGCUAAAGAUGACAGGAUGACUUAAAAACUUUUGCAUCAAUUUUGAACCAUUUUUUCAUGUAAGGGAAUACUGGACCUUCAGCCGUAAACUACGUUUCAUUAUGUACAAAAACAGUUGCUUGUGUCUGAAAUGCUCUGUGGAAUUCUAUUUUUUAUUUAAUUUUUCUUCCCUCAGGGUGAAAUGAAAGCUUUUUUUUUUUAGUUCGAAUGCUUUCAAAGCUCACACUAAAGGCAAAAGAAAGCGAGCAAUAACUGGUCCGGAUGCAGCUGCUGAAGCAAAGUUGCAUUUCAUCAUGACUUUAAUUGCUCUUGGUCUUUCCACAGACGUUGCACCAAAUAUUGCUUAAGUUAUUUACACAUAUAUGUAAAUAACUUACAUAUAUAUGUGUAUAAAUGUACAUUAUGUAUGCUUGUGGAAUUAAAAUGUCAUUGUACAAACCACAAAAUGGAACCUAGAGAUUCUCUCCAUCAGAAGUGAGUGCUGGGGUGGGGCGUCACGUUCCUGUCUCUAAACGUGAAGAAGAAAAAAAAGAAUUGAAACUUUAUUAAUAGAGUAAUUCUUGAAUGCAGAAGAUACCAGCCUGCUGGUGAACUACAUUAUCCCCAGUAUACAGUUCGGUGAGAAGCAUCACUUUUCCCAGAAUGCAUUUGUUUUUGUCUGCUUUAAUAAAAUGUGAUCAACAAGA